UCCAGCAUACAGAAGUCUGUUGAUUCGUAGGCGAUCUUCUUCUUCACUGAAGCAAUCGGGUAUCAUCCUCCUCCUACCUUGCUUCUCAUAUCAAGGUGUAGAUUACCUAUAAAUUUUUGGAUCAAAAGACAACCCAAAAAUCUUAGGUGUAGCCAAGGUUUUAAAAGAUGGAAUCGGGAUUCAAGACGUUUUCCUUCUCGAUUAGGCGAGGCGUAAGCCCUGAGCCGGAAACAUAAAAAACGGUAUACCAAAAAGACUGUAUAUGCGAUUGAGCUCAGUCACAGAGAACAAAGUUGUCUACAGAUUUUUUAAUGUACAAAAGGAUCAUCAUGAUCAACAAAUCCCAUUUCUUUCGCAAUUUCUCUUCUCUCCCAAACCUCAAAUCAUGCAUAACAAUCCUUCAAUCAUCUGCACGUAACACCAACUUACAACAAGGCAAGAAACUCCAUACUUACAUGCUCAUUAAUGGCUUCCUUACCUCCCCAAUCUCCAUCACCAGCCUCAUCAACAUGUACUCCAAGUGCAACGCCAUCUCCGACGCCUUUUUGGUUUUUAGUUCCUCCCCCUCAAACUGUGAACUCAACAUUUUCAUUUACAACGCAAUCAUUGCUGGGUUCAUCUUCAAUGACAUGCCAAACCUCGCAUUACGGGUCUAUGAGAAAAUGCGCAUGUCCGGUGUUAUGAUGGACAAAUUCACCUUCCCUUGUGUGGUUAAGGCAUUUUCUGGUUGUGGGGAUGUUGAGGGGUUCAAGAUUGUUCAUGGGUUGGUUCUUAAAUCUGGUGUAGAUCAUGAUUUGUUUGUUGGUAGUGCUAUAGUUCAUGGGUAUCUGAAAUCUGGGUUGAUGGCGGAUGCGCAGAAAGUGUUCAAUAAAAUGCCUGACCGAGAUGUUGUCUUAUGGAAUGCCAUGAUUAACGGCUAUGCACAAAUUGGGGAAUUCCAUAACGCCUUGGAGUGCCUACAGAGGCUACGUGCAGAAGAGAAUGUGCCAAGCAGAUUCACUAUGACCGGCAUAUUAUCGGUGCUUACCUUGAAAGAGGACCUUCACAACGGAAUGGCUGUCCAUGGACUUGUGACAAAAUUGGGGUACUUUUCAGGCAUUGCAGUUUGUAAUGCGUUAAUCGACAUGUAUGGAAAAUGCAAGUCCUUUCCCGAUGCUUUGGAUAUCUUUGAACUAAUGCCAAUUAAGGAUAUAUAUUCAUGGAAUUCGAUCAUUGGUGUUCAUCAACAAUAUGGUGAUCAUGAGGGAACUUUAAAGCUUUUUCAUCGAAUGUUGCGUGAUGGAGUUCUUCGUCCGGAUAUAGUCACUGUCACCACUAUUCUCCCAGCAUGUUCCCAUUUAGCGGCAUUGAGGCAUGGCAAGGAGAUUCAUGGGUACAUGAUUACAAAGGGAUUAGGGAAAGAUGGUGAUGAUACAUACAUCAACAAUGCUGUUAUGGACAUGUACGACAAAUGUGGAAGCAUGCGAGAAGCUCAAUUGGUUUUCGACCACAUGAUCAUCAAAGAUUCGGCUUCAUGGAACAUCAUGAUCAUGGGUUACGCAAUGCAUGGGUUUGGCCACGAGGCACUGAACGUAUUUUGCAAAAUGUGUGAUGCAAAUUUGAUGCCCGAUGAGGUGACAUUCGUUGGUGUUCUAUCGGCCUGCAACCAUGGAGGUCUAGUGAAAGAAGGGCAAGAAUUUCUUAGCCAGAUGCAAUCAAGAUACAAUAUAGUACCAACGGUCGAACAUUAUACUUGUGUAAUUGACAUGCUUGGCCGAGCUGGGCUCCUUGAGCAAGCCUAUGGCUUGCUAUCGGAAAUGCCCAUCAAGACCAACUCAGUGGUUUGGCGGGCAUUCUUGGCGGCAUGUCAUCUCCAUGGUGAUGCAAAUCUUGCUAAAAUUGCUGCAAGARAAGUGAYUGAUCUUGAACCUGAGCAUUGYRGGRGCUAUGUGUUGAUGUCUAAUGUCUAUGGGAUGAUGGGUCGGUAUCAGGAGGUGUCAGAUGUGAGACAUAAUAUGAGGCAACAGAACGUCAAG